GUGCACUGAUUUUAUCAUCAAAACUAUUAAAUAAAAAACAAGAGAGAUUACUCCCUCCUCUCCUCCCUCUCUGGUUGUGAGCCUAGAAGGUGGGACUCCCAUAAUGAUCAAGAUACACCCUAACGUCAGCGCCAUCCCUUCCGAGAAGACGACGCUUAAGUCCUCUUCUAAUUUAGAGGCAGCUGAUGCUGUUGUAUUAACUGUGUGGAAGAAGUCUUUGCUUUUCAACUGUAAUGGCUUUACUGUGUUCGAUGCCAAAGGGAAUCUCGUUUUUAGAGUUGAUAAUUACAUGGCCGGCUCUGGUAGUAACGGCGAGAUCGUUCUCAUGGACGCCGGCGGCAAGCCUCUCUUCACCAUCCGCCGCAAGAGGCUGAGCCUGGCGGAUAACUGGCUGGUGUACGACGGAGAAACAGUGGUGAAUCCAUUGUUCUCGGUGAAGAAGCACAUGAACAUCCUUAAUACAAAGUGUUUAGCUCACGUGAGCUCAGGUACAACUGGCAGUGGUAGUAAUGGAAAAAAUAUCGUGUACGAAAUAGAGGGAUCAUACUCCCAACGAAGCUGCGCGGUGUACGACGAGAACAGAAGGAGGGUGGCAGAGAUCAAACAGAAGGAGGCAGUGGGCGGUGUGGCUUUUGGAGUCGACGUGUUCCGGCUUAUUGUAGAGCCGAAUAUGGAGAUGUCGGUGGCCAUGGCUAUUGUCAUCCUCCUUGAUCAAAUGUUUGGUUCUUCUAGACGCUUCUCCACCUAACAAACAAAAAUAAAAAUUUCGCUGUCUAUUAGAUAGAGAUAUGAAAUAUAUAUAAACUAGUACGGUAUGAUAGUGAAUAGAUCCUUGCAUUCUUGAGGAUCGCUGGGAAUCAAGAAGUUGUAGCAGCAUUAGCUCAGCCGCCGCACCGAUGCUGUAGGAAGUCCUUUUCACAUUCAUAUCCCCACCUAUUUUGCUGCUUUUUUUUCUGUUUUUUUAUUUGGAGCUUGGUUUUUUCCUUUUAAAUAAAAAACCAAGUUUCCAAGCGGGGAUGUAUAAAUAUUUUCGUGUAUUUUUCUCCCUUUCAUUCUCAUUCUAGCUCCUCGCCAUUGGAAUGAUAUGUCGACCAGGACUUAUAAAGACUGAAGCUUUAAGCUUCGAAACUCUCAAACCAUACAACUUGUUUGUGCAUGGGCCAAUCUACUUUGCUCAGUUGGUCAAGGCACAUAUGAAGGUGUGAUUGAUUUGAUUCCGACACCAUCCAUGGUGGUGAAUUACUGAUGAUGGUGCCACUGUUUAAUUUUCUUUAGAUAUGAGAUUUAGAAAAGAUUUCAUGUUUGCAUUUGAUAUUGAGAUGUGAAAUUUAUUGAUAUGUGUUUGUGAAUA